CAGGCAGGUACCAGGAGGCAGAGGCUCGGAGUCGCUGCUAGUGCUAGAUUGAUUUGAUUCGUAGAUGCACGGUACGGUAGUUCUCGAAAUUUCUUCCAAUCCAAAUACGUAUGUUUUUCUUAGAUCGCCGCCACCUGUCGAGUGGGGAGCGUUGCAGCUGCCGCCGCCAUCGCCAACACCACCACCUUCCGAUCAGUGCCGUCGGCUCUGCUUAAUUUCCGCCGAGUCAACGUCUCUCUCUCUCUCUCUCUCUCUCUCUCUCUCUCUCUGUAUAUAUAUAUAUAUACACAUAUAUAUAGGUAUACAGAGACGCCAUACUUCUUGCUCCACCAUUCUCUGAACAUGGCUAUGGCUUCCUUGAGAAAAAACCUAAUGAAAUUACUCCCCCUUUCCUCCCCGGCCAGACACUCAAUUACUCCAAAAGCCGCUUCAUCUUCCUAUGGAUUCAGCACGGCGCCGGCGGGGCUGGGCCCAACGAAGCCGAAGGAGAAGGCCAGGGUGGUGGUGCUGGGAUCGGGGUGGGCCGGCUGCCGGCUCAUGAAGGGGAUCAACACGGGGCUCUACGACGUCGUCUGCGUCUCGCCGAGGAACCACAUGGUGUUCACUCCCCUCUUGGCUUCCACCUGCGUCGGCACCCUCGAGUUCCGGUCCGUCGCCGAGCCCAUCGGCCGCAUUCAGCCGGCAAUCUCCCGCGAGCCCGGCUCAUAUUUCUUCCUCGCCCAUUGCACCGGCGUUGAUACUGAUAACCAUGCGGUGCAUUGCCAAACUGUAACUGAUGGUGACACCUUAGAGCCAUGGAACUUCAGUAUCUCUUACGACAAGUUAGUCAUUGCUGCCGGAGCUCAUCCCUUGACUUUUGGAAUCAAGGGCGUGGAAGAGCACGCUGUUUUCCUUCGUGAAGUUUAUCAUGCUCAGGAAAUUCGGAGGAGACUACUACUAAACCUGAUGCUCUCUGAUGUACCUGGAGUUUCUGAGGAAGAAAAGCGCCGACUGCUCCACUGCGUGGUGGUUGGUGGUGGCCCGACUGGAGUGGAGUUCAGCGGUGAGCUUAGUGAUUUUAUUUUGAGGGAUGUUCACCAGAGAUAUGCACAUGUCAAGGACUAUAUUCAUGUCACUUUGAUUGAGGCAAAUGAGAUUUUGUCUUCUUUCGAUGAUCGCCUAAGAAAAUAUGCAACAAAGCAAUUAGUAAAGUCAGGAGUUCGUCUUGUUCGUGGAAUUGUCAAGGAUGUUCAAAGCCAGAAGAUAAUACUCAAUGAUGGAACCGAAGUUCCCUAUGGGCUGCUUGUAUGGUCUACUGGGGUUGGUCCCUCGCCGUUCAUACAGAAUCUGGAACUUCCAAAAGCUCCUGGUGGAAGGAUUGGUGUUGAUGAAUGGCUCUGUGUCCCUUCUGCUCCCGACGUGUUCGCAGUUGGUGACUGCAGUGGGUUCCUUGAAAGAACUGGAAAACCAGUCCUCCCAGCUUUGGCCCAGGUAGCAGAGCGGCAGGGCAAGUAUCUAGCAGGCCAGUUGAACAGGAUUGGCAAGGCCGGCCGGGCACAUGCCAAUGAGGCUACAAAUACAGAAUUGGGAGAGCCAUUUGUGUACAAGCAUUUGGGCAGCAUGGCAACUAUAGGCAGAUACAAGGCCCUUGUGGACCUCAGGCAGAGCAAGGAGGCAAAAGGACUCUCUCUAGCAGGAUUUGUUAGUUGGUUUAUUUGGCGAUCAGCGUAUCUCACCCGUGUCCUAAGCUGGAGGAACAGGCUCUAUGUGGCAAUCAACUGGUUGACAACCUUCAUUUUUGGCCGUGACAUAAGCCGGAUAUAGAUUUGAAUACAAGGUUACUAGUGUCUUCAUGAUUUUGUUAAAACCGUUGUAUGUUAGUAUAGUUUGCACUUAUGGUACCAAAAAUGAGAACACGAUUUGACUUUUUAUUGGUAUUUUGUUUUAUGGUUGUAUGGUUUCCCUCCAUAUACGAAU